ACGAUUAGUUUACUAUCUCCCAAAGUUAUUUAUGUGAGAAAGAAUCGUAAACCCAUCCCCGAUAAUUACAUGGAUGAAAUGGUUAAACUUCGUGAUGAGGUGGGCUUCGAGAUAAGGGCCAAAGGUGAUGUUGUCUUAGUUGAAGACUAUAUUUCUGAGGUGGAUGUCUCACCAAUAAUAUUUGAUAAGAAUGAACAUGGAUUUGAUACGAGUGUUUUGACCAACCCAUCAUCAGUCAUUAUUGUGUUCCAAAAAAGGCAACUCUCGAUAACUAUGGAGAUCGAGAAACACGCAUUGGACUUGGAUAAUUUUUUAAAACCGUUGACAUUGAAGAUGAUGCACUAG